CCACAAUUAAGAAUUUUCCAAUCUAGGCGUUUUCUCAAAAAGCUGAAUUCCUUUGCUGAAAGGGUUUGAGCAAGCGAGAGAUAGAAUGGGUUCUGAAAGCAAGGAUCCGAGGGAGGAGGUUAUUCAGGCAUGGUACAUGGAUGACAGUGAUGCAGACCAGAGGCUUCCCCAUCACAGAGAUCCACAGGAAUUUGUGUCAUUUGAGAAACUUGAUGAGCUAGGAGUGCUUAGCUGGAGGCUUGAUGCUGAUAAUUAUGAAACUGACCCAGAGUUGAAGAAAAUUCGUGAAGACCGUGGAUAUUCUUAUAUGGAUUUUUGUGAAGUUUGCCCAGAAAAGCUGCCAAAUUAUGAAGAGAAAAUCAAGAACUUUUAUGAAGAACAUCUUCACACUGAUGAGGAUAUCCGCUAUUGUGUUGCUGGAAGUGGUUAUUUUGAUGUGCGCGAUCGUGGUGAAGCUUGGAUCCGCGUCUGGGUAAAGAAGGGGGCAAUGAUUGUCCUUCCAGCUGGAAUUUAUCACCGCUUUACUCUUGAUUCAGACAAUUACAUCAAGGCAAUGAGGCUAUUUGUUGGUGACCCUUUAUGGACUCCUUUCAAUCGCCCUCACGAUCAUCUCCCUGCAAGAAUUGAGGCCAGCGCCGGCGCUCUCACUAAUUUUGAAUUGCUUGACCUCUUGAGAUCAAGAGGUGCUGGAAAGGAUGCCUCUCGAGCUAUUGCAACCGUAUCUCAAUCUGAGUUUAAGGUUUUUGAUUAUUUAGAGGGGACUGUUGCUUGCAAUCAAACAAGGGAAAUUAUCAAUAACUUUGUUGCCGAGUGCCAAAAAUUUGACCUUGCAAAGGCAGAGAUUCUUAAUAUUGUGAAUAUCAGACCAAGAAAUGAACCUGAGCUUUUCCCGCUCAUCGAGGAAUGCGAGUCGCGUAUGGAAGAUAAGGCUGAAGAGCUUGUAGAGACCAUCACAAGGAUUUUGCCACCUCAUCUGUCUCAGGUGGAUGAAGCAAAUGAGGAAGUUGCUGAGGGGGAAGAAGAAGAAGAAGAGACCGAGCCUGAACAGGCUGCUGAAGGGGAAGGGGAAGAGCAAGAAGAAGAAGAAGAGACCGAGCCUUAACCAUACUACAUAGUAUACUUAUUUUACUACCUCUGCUUAAUUUCUUUAGAGCAUUAGCCAUGAAUUCUAGUUAGUGUAAGAAGGAAGAUGGUAGUGUGAAAUUUUGCCCAAUGACUAAUCAAAUUAACAACUGAACUCUCAAGAGCCAAUUACUACAUCAAUGUCAAGUUAUUUUUUU